AUGCACUGUGGAUGUGUCUCAAAUUCCUACUGGAUUCCAGGUUUGGCAUUCCCGGACUGGGCCUACAAGGCAGAGUCUAGCCCCGGCUCCCGGCAGAUCCAGCUAUGGCACUUCAUCCUGGAGCUGCUGCAGAAGGAGGAGUACCAUCACGUCAUCGCCUGGCAACAGGGGGAAUACGGGGAGUUCGUCAUCAAGGAUCCAGACGAGGUGGCCAGGUUGUGGGGCCGGAGGAAAUCCAAGCCCCAGAUGAACUAUGACAAGCUGAGCCGGGCGCUCCGAUAUUACUACAACAAAAGAAUUCUGCACAAGACGAAGGGGAAGAGAUUUACCUACAGGUUUAACUUCAGUAAACUGAUUUUUGUUAACUACCCGAUGUGGGACAUGAGAUAUCCUCCGCCCGCGGUGAUGGGAAACGGUGUGUGCCGUACGGCUGCACUGCCACCUGGUGUUCAUAAGGAGGUUUUACAUAAUACCAUCCUUGCGCACAAGCUCCUGGCCGAACAACUCGCCUGCCGCAGGCUACUCCAGAGUCCAAUAGACGACGACAGCAGCACAAACAAGAAGGCGUUGGGAGUGGGAAGGCAUAGUAUCAUGCCUACGUCAUGCUUUCCUGGGGCCUGCUGCAAUUUCAGAAGUAGUGGUCACCUGUACCUGCCAGGCUCGUCCUCCCAGCCUAGUACGGAGUUACCCCUCCACCCCAGCCGAUCCCUCUGCUCGCCUACUCAAGUUCUGCCUGGCACAACCGAGUGGCAGCUGUGUGCCAGCCGCCUGAUCCACCAAAGCCAAGCGCUUAUGUCUCUAGAAGAAAUAAUCCAGAGCCACAGAGGAGCGCACAGCAGAGCGACGGGAGGACACCUUCUCAACCCCUAUCUGGGGCAUAGGACCAUGUCCUCUGUAGACCACCUCCAUGCGUUGACAUCUCCUACCACCAUGAAACCAGACCCAGAGAGCCAGUUUAGAGCGUCAGGGGACAAGAACACGUUCCAAGAGCUCGCCGAGCCUCCAAAGAUAUGUCUGGGCCAUGACGUAAGCGCUAAGCUUUAUCCUCCUCCUGACAUUGAGCACAUGAACCUCAACAGCAAGACCUGGCUGCUGAAACCGGCCUAAAUCCUCCGCUAUCUGGUGGUCUAAUGAGGUAUUGCAGAAGUAGAAAUUUCUUAAAGGGACACUUCAGACUAAUGUAUGCACUUAUCCACUGCCUGUAUAUAGAUUGUACAUAAAUAUA